AUGCCCAAAGCCCCCAGACAAAGAUCCAAUGGCUCGUCCAUCGAAGUGGCGAGCAUCAUCGGAGGAGGUGCUGCCAAAUUGAAAAAGAAGAUCAGAGAUAUCCAGAGACUCUUGAAGAAGGACAACCUUCCGGGUGAUGUCCGUACCGAAAACGAAAGAGCGUUGAAGGGUUUACAGGUUGAGUUGCAAAAUACCCAGCUCAAUCUCAAGGCCAAGGAAAUAGCGAAAAAGUACCACAUGGUCAGAUUCUUCGAGAGAAAGAAGGCCAUCAGAAAGUUGAAGGGUGCUCGCAAGCAGCUUGAAGAUGCAGAGAAGACUGAGGUCAAAAAAGAUAUCAAGAAGGCAAGAAAGGUGGUGAAACACAGCGAAAUUGACUUGGCUUAUGUGGUGUUGUUCCCCAAGACCGAAAAGUACAUUUCCUUGUACCCCAACAGCGAGAAGGACGGUGAAGAUACCAAUCCAAAGGCCAAAAAGGGAUUGCUCAUGACUGAUGAGAGAAGAUUGCAGUUCAAGAAGGAGGUUGAAAACUUGAUCGACGAAAAUAAGUUACCAUUCUCCAUCGAGGAUGCACUCAAGGGAAGAUCCAUCCAAGUCGACCACUACCACAGCUCUCACCAAGACCAGCAAGAAAUCGAUGCAGCAGUCGAGGAAGAUGGUGGUGUAGAAGAGGACGAUUUCUUCGAGUAA